UUGAACUACGCUGAACUUUCAUUGUUGUUUGUGUCCUAGUUUAUCCGUUGUCGUUGUAAAUUGACAUUUGUAUUUUUGCAAAAAACAAGACUGAUAAAUAUUGUUGCUUUUGUUGCAAAAAAAAGUCAUUGAAAUUGAGAAGGUGAAAAUUGUGUUGAAACGAAGCUACACAAAGAAAUAAACAAGAGGCAAAAGGUCAUUUAUGAAUUGUGCAACUCAGUCUUUUUUUUAUGUUUGAUGUCUCAAGGUUUUAAGACAAUUAUUUUUUCAAAAUUUGGCCGGUAUUUGACACAAUAAAGAAAUAUAACUGGCUUUAUAAAAAUGUCUGUUACUUUUGCUCAACGGGGUAGACCAACUCCAACUUCGACACAAAUUCAAAAGAUGCUUGAUGAGAAUAGUCAUCUCAUACAAACUAUUCAAGAAUAUCAAAAUAAAGGGAAAGUUCAGGAGUGUAUGCAAUAUCAGCAAAUUUUGCAUAGAAAUUUAGUUUACUUGGCAUCUAUUGCCGAUGCUGGUCAGAAUAUACAAGCAUUAUUACCGCCGCCGCAGGGAAUAACUAAUGGACCGCAGCAUCCAAUAAUUGGACCUCAGGGUCCACCGAGUGGACCUGCAGCGACUCCUGGACCUGGAGGUGAAAUACCUCCCAAUACUCAACAACCGAUGCCAAUGUCGGGCUUUAAUCAAGGACAAAGUAUGGGUCAAGGUGGAUAUCGAGGAGGACCUGUUAUGCCAGGUCAAGUUCCUGCUAUUAAUCGCCCAUCCGCUGGACCCGGACCGCAACAAUACAGAGGCGGACCACAAGGUUAUCCUCAGCAACCAGCUCAACAAGGUUAUCACACUCCUUACGCUAAUCAAACACCAAGCGGCAAUUAUCAAGGUCCACAAGGAUCUUCCUAUACUCCAGGACAACCAAAUCAAUACGGACCUCCAAAUGCAAGUCAACAACAAUAUCCUGCUUCCAAUCAACCAAAUUAUGGACCGCCGACAACUGUCAAUAGUUAUGGACCUCAACCCGGUUAUCCACCACCUUCGAAUCAACCUCCAGCUGGUUAUGGACCACCACCACCACCACCGAAUCAACAAGGCUAUCCACCACCAAACGCCUCACAACAAAGUUUCUCAUCCGCAAAUCAACAACAACAGCAGCAGCAGCAACAACAACAACAGCAACAACAACAACCAGGUGCACAAUACGGAAGUCCAAGUCCACAACCCAAUUAUCAACAACCACCCUCUCAACCCCCACAACAAAACGCCUAUGCUUCAGGUCAAUCCGGAAAUUAUCCACCACCUCCAUCGCAAGGCUAUCCCAACAGUGUGCCACCUCAAUCUUAUCCUCCGCCGCCGACUUCUAACGCAACACAACAACCACCACAACCCGGUCCUCAACAAAGCGGUGGUCCUCAACCAAAUUACGUCAGUCAACCAAGUCCCGGUCCCGGUCCAGGACAAUACGGCGGUCCCACUUCAACAUCGCCUCCAUUCAGCACAACUCCCGUCAGUGGCGUAAACACCUACGCCCAAAGCGGUCAACCCACAAGUACACCAUCAGCAUCAACUCAAACCUAUCCUCCAAGCAGUGGUCCACCACCAUCAUCACAAGCUGGCAAUUAUCCUCCACCCGGACCCGCUCCCUCAGGCUAUCCUCCCCAUCAAUCACCCCAUCCACCUCAUCAGGGUCCACCUCAUCAGGGUCCACCUCAUCAAGGUCCACCUCAUCAAGGUCCACCACAUCAACCUCCUCAUCAAGGUCCACCUCAUCAAUCCUCGCAUCAAGGUCCACCACAUCCUCCCCAUCAAUCACCCCAUCCUGGUCAACCUCAUCCUCCACAUCAGCCCCAUCAACCUCCACAACAGGGACAACAACAACAACCCUCGCAAACACCUCCGCAGUCUCAACAAUCCCAACAACAACAGCAGCAGCAACAACAACAACAGCAAUCGCCAAGUCCUGCUCCAAGUGGUUUUCAACCACCGUCAGGACCACCUCAGGGACAAGCGCCACCACCUCAACCACAACCCUAUGGACCACCGCAAUCACAUCCGGCAACGACACAAACUUAUGUACCGCCAAGUCCUGGACAACCGCAAGUCUAUUCACCUCAUCCUGGCCAAGGUGGACAACACUAUGGACAUCCGCAAUAUCCGCCGCAAAGUUAUCCACCACCACCUGGUGGACAGGGUUAUCCACAGUAUCCACCAAGACCACCUGGUAGUCAUAUGCCACCACCUGGUCCACAGGGUCCACCUCCGCCCAAUCAAUACGGAUACGGUUAUCAACCACCUCCUCAGUAAACAUGGAAAUUUAGGAAUUCAAUGGCUGUCCAUUUUUUAUUAUUAUUAGGUAUUAUAAAAGUUCUUGUUAUUCUUUCCAUAUUGCAAACAAAAUAAUUUUAUUUUCUUAAAUUUCACGUGAAUAUUAUUAUUUUUUUUUUCUUUGACUAAAUUAAUAUGAAUUUUUAUUAAGAAAACAAUCAGUUCUAUUUUUUUAUAACUUUAUGAUUAUUCCAUAAAAAUCAUUAAAUUUUCAUUUCAAAGAACUAAUAACUAAUAAAAUUCUUUAAAAUGAAAAUUCUAACUAAUUAUUUUUAGGGAAUAAUCAUGCGCUCUAAUCAACGAAAUGAUCAAUUAAAUUUUUCAUUAACAAUUUUUCAAAGAUAUUAUUUUUAAUUUUUGUUUUUUCAAGAGUUGCAAUUGCGAGUUUCACAAGUUCUUGUGAUGUUUUGAUUUGUAUAAAACAGGUUUUUUUUUUAGAAAAAUAUGGCGGUAAUAUUCUAUAUACAAUAGAGGAGUUCUUUUUUUCGCGAUUUAAUGUAUAUUAAUUUUUAAAUGAUUCAAAAAUAUGACUUUUUUUGCAUUAUACUGACUUCCGUUUCAGAUCUACCUCAAAUUCAUUUACGGAUCUGUAAAAACGUUUUAAAUCAUAGAUACAUACACCUAAGAGACAGAGAGAGAGAAAAAAAAAGAAG